AUGGAGAGCCGCCGGCUGUCCUACGGCCGCCGCUUCGGCCCCAGCGGCUCUGCGUGGAGCCCCUCGGAGCGGCUCCGUUCCCGCGGCGCUCUGCCCGCGCCCCGCACGUCGGGCAGGGUGGAUUUCUCGUCGGUCAACGUCCUCAACUCGGAGUUCCGGGAGAUCCGCACCAACGAGAAGGUGGAGAUGAUGGAGCUGAACGACCGCUUCGCCAGUUACAUCGAGAAGGUGCGGCUGCUGGAGCAGCGCAACAAGGUGCUGGUGCUGGAGCUGAACAGGGCGCGGGAGCAGGAGCCGUCCCGUCUGGCCGAUGUGUACCAGGAGGAGCUGCGGGAGCUGCGGCGCCGCGUGGAGCUGCUGGGCACCGCCAAGGCGCGCGCGGAGGUGCAGAGGGACGGCCUGGCUGAGGAGCUGGGGAGUCUGCGGGAAAAGCUGCAGCAGGAGGUCACCCUGCGGCUGGAGGCCGAGAGCACCCUGGCUGCAUACCGGCAGGAUGUUGAUGCUGCUGCCCUGGCUCGCCUUGACCUGGAGCGUCGCGUGGGGUCCCUGCAGGAUGAGGUGGCCUUCCUCCAGAAGGUGCAUGAGGAGGAGCUGCGGGAGCUGCAGGAGCAGCUGGCCCAGCACCGGGUGCACGUGGAGGUGGAUGCCAGCAAGCCAGACCUGACGGCAGCACUGCGCGAUAUCCGCACGCAGUACGAGGCCAUGGCUGCCAGCAACAUGCAGGAGACUGAGGAGUGGUACAAGUCCAAGUUUGCAGACCUGACAGAUGCAGCUGCCCGGCACGCAGAGGCCCUACGUGCAGCCAAGCAUGAGGCCAACGAGUACCGGCGGCAGCUCCAGGCCCUCACCUGCGACCUGGAGGCUCUGCGGGGCUCGAACGAGUCCCUGGAGAGGCAGCUGCGGGAGCUGGAGGAGCGCUACGCACUGGAGACGUCUGCCUACCAGGACACGGUGGGACGGCUGGAGGAGGACAUCCGCAGCCUCAAGGAGGAGAUGGCGCGGCACCUGCAGGAAUACCAGGACCUGCUCAACGUCAAGCUGGCCCUCGACAUCGAGAUCGCCACGUACCGCAAGCUGCUGGAGGGCGAGGAGAGCAGGAUCACCGUCCCUGUGCAGAGCUUCUCCAACCUGCAGAUCCGAGAGACCAGCCUGGACACCAAGUCUGUGUCAGAAGCUCAUUUGAAGAGGAGCAUUGUGGUCAAAACGGUGGAGACGAGAGAUGGAGAGGUGAUCAAGGAGUCCAAGCAGGAGCACAAGGAGGUGGUGUAGGUGUGAAGCCACAGCCACGCUUGUAGCCGUAGCUCCGUAGAUCCCACCUGAUGCUGUGAGGGAGCCCUGCAGUGGGGCCGGAGACAUAGGAGAAACCCACCCUCAUCUCCCCCACCACCCCAUGCCCCAGGGACCCCUGUGUUGGUCCAGUCAGGACUGAGAUAUGGGGGCAAUGCUCCCCACUUCCCACCUCAUUGGUCCAGGAGGCCACCUCGGUUUCCCCACCGUGUCCUGGGCAUCCCUGGGAGGGCUGGAGGGGACGUGGCACUGCAUGGCCAGGGAUGUUUUACUGUUGUUGAGCAGCAGUUGGGCUUAGCCAAGAGGUGCAGGCAGGAGGAAGAGGAGGAUGGAGCAUACGGGGAGGCAGGUUGAUGUUGGGAUAGGGAGAAGGGUGACGGAGUGGGGCCUGAGCAGGGUGCCUGGGGAUGCAGAGCGGUUGUGGGGCUGGAGCUGCGUGGGAGUCCUUGUUGGCUUUCCUGGACACAGCGCCAUGGGGCUGUUUUGACCCUGAUGGGAUGCAGCAUGCCGAGAUGCCCCCAUCUCCAGAGAUGAGGAGACAGUCCAGGGGGCUCAUGGCCCGAGCCCAGCUCUGCAUGGCCAUUCUGGAGGGGUUGGAAGAAACCUGUUGUCCCUCAGCACCGUGUGGCCCUGUCUCCUGUGAGCUCUCCCACUGCAUGUCACCCACCUGGGGCCCCCGCAGACCCCACACUCACUUUAUUUUAGCCACUGACCAUGAGCUAAACGUGCCCUGCUGCCACCUAACACAGCAGC